AUGCUCGCGGUGCUUGGCAUGUUAGUGUUGGCUGGCGCAGUGCGCCCCAGCGUCGACGAAGCUGCGCAUCACCUUGAGGUGGCGGUGGGGAACGAGAGCCGCAGGUGCGUUCCCGGUGGCGUCAAGUCGGCCAUCCCCGCCUUCCAGGAAUCCACGUACCCGGGCAUCGGCUGCAGCAAGCGGUACUGCGUGGCCACCACGAAAAUGGGCACCAGCGCCAUCUCCGCGGUGAUCAACGGCGUGGUGAUGCUGAAUCCGGGCCUGGCCACCGCGAAGCUGGCCAUCUAUGCCGGCCUCCACUUCAGCGGAGCGAUGAUGGAUUGGGACAGCCACGACAUGUGCACCUACAUCAUCUCCUCCAUCGUGACCUCGUGCCCCCGCGGCGAGGUGAAGGGGUCAGCGUGUAAGCUUGGCACGCAGCGGCGGGAUAACCCUUACUGCGAGGCGGUGGUGGCGAGCAGGCGCGACGAGGCGGAGUUCUCGUGCGCGGUCCAGUCGUGGUGGGACUCCUGCUGCAACGUGAGGGAGAAGACCAGUAGCCGGUUCGACAGCGAGUGCGACAACUGUGGGCAGGAUGGCUGGUAUUGCGCGGGUAUGGAGGGCUGA